AUGGCCAUUGCGUUAUGGUAUUGUCCGCCACAGGGAUCUGUUGCUUACGAGACGUUACAAAUGCUUAUAUUUUCGUUUCAAACACUGUUCCCCGAUUCGCCAGUGAUUGAACCUCAUGUUACGGUGACGUCCCAUUUGGUGUGCAAUAGUAGAGAUGAUGUUAAUAAGAUCUUAACUUCCUGUGUUGCUGCUAUUCAAUCGAUAAGGUCUCAUCAGAUUGCAAAAAAAGGGCAUAAGGGGCAGUCACUUCAUACUGUUGCACCUCCACUGGUGUCUUUUAAUGGAUGUAGUGUAGGUAAACGAUAUUUCAAGAAAAUUGUACUUGAGUGUAACAAGAACAAAGUACUUUAUGGAAUAGCACAAAUUAUGAGAGAAAUGUACGUAGAGAUUGAUUCUGAGACACGAAGUAGCCGUGCCGCUACUUGGGUGCACGAAGAAUUUCACCCGCACGUUUCAUUGCUAUACUCUGAUAUCCAUCCCGUGAGUCAGGCCUCAUUGCGAGUCGUUCAACAAAGAAUUGAAGAUGCUCUGGACGUACGAUUAGUCCCAAGAGAGAAACAUAAGGGCUCCGGAAACGCUGAUGGUUCCAACGAAGUGCAAAUGAGAUGGGAUUUUGACAUAUCUUCAUCAUUAUCUUGGAAUAUCCCGGGAACAUUCAAGGUGGUUAACUGUGUGGGACCCGUUGAAGAGUGGGAGGUACUUGGAAGGGUGGACGUUUAA